AUGACUCGCGACUCCCAGACACAAUCCGCAUUCGUUAGCCGUCUGCCGCGUGAGGUUCGCGAUGCUGUCUACUUCCAAAUGUGGCACUCAUGCGGUCUUCGCCAGCAUAUUCUAUGGCAUGGCGCCGCAGAGGACAAGCAUUUCUGUCAAUGGUCGUGGACUACGGAGUACCAGGUCGAGGACGAACUACAACGCGACAUUGAGAAGAUGAGAGACCAGCUCGGAGUCUCGCUGGGCCAGGAGAUAACGACUACAGUCUCCAUGGAUGAAUCAUUGGCUCUGCGGCGAGCGCGCAUUCGAAAAGCACGGUAUUUCAGCUAUCCGUGGAUCCAGCACCACGACGAUCGUUUGCUGGAAAACAGAGAGGAAGGUUACGCCUCAUCGACCGUGGGCAACCGCAUACAUUCCCAUGCUAUUGUCGUGCAAGGUCAUGUAGGUGGCGACCCGUCAUCAUAUGACUCCUGGCCAUACCUGAAUACUUACAACUUCAGCUCUACUGAGUGCCUUCAAUCCAUAUACGAGUCGACAACGUUCAUAUUCACCGAUCUGGCGACAGUCCAAAUGUUCUUUGGCGCCUGCGCCAUGCACCCAGCGAUGAAGACGGCUAAGACGGGGGUAACGCCCCCGGCGUUCUUCAAACAUGCCCGAAACUUGGAGCUGUCUCUGAGUCCGGACUUCCCGGCGCUGCUGAUGUGUGCUAAUUACGAUCUCCCUGGUAUCCCUCGUCGCCACGACGUCCACGACUUCCACUGGCUGCGGUUCGACAAGUUCAAGAAUUUACAAAACGUUUACAUAUGGAUUGCAGCGCGAUCCCUUACUUGCGGCAUUGAAGCUAACAGUAGCUUCUACGGCAUUAAGGAGUUCAACGUCCAGGGGUUGAAAGACAUGUUAUACUCAUUCAAGACUAUCGAAUCCGUCACGCUGAGUACACCGUUGAGCCAAAGGAUCGGCCCUCAAGAGGGCUAUGUGGAUAUCGGUACAGCGCCCGGUGUGCGACUUUACAAACGGGGCUCGGGAGACAAGUUUCAUCCAUUUCUGACAUUGAUAGAGCUGGGUUGCGUGUUUGAUGGACUCAUUUAUACCCACCCCACAGAGUGA